CAUCAAGUCCUGAAAAUGACACCAUUUUUCUUUUCUUUUUCCAAUUUCAGUGCUGCUGUGAAUUCAGAGACGCAUGAGGAGAUUGCCAUUAAGAAGAUUGGGAAUGCAUUUGACAACCAAAUUGAUGCCAAGAGGACACUAAGAGAAAUUAAGCUUCUUUGCCACAUGGAUCAUGAAAACAUUCUUGCCAUUAAGGACAUCAUACGACCGCCAAAGAAGCAGGUGUUUAAUGACGUGUACAUAGUUUCUGAAUUGAUGGACACCGAUCUUCAUCAGAUAAUUCGUUCUAAUCAACCAUUGACAGAUGAUCAUUGUCAGUAUUUUAUGUACCAGCUGUUACGUGGACUGAAGUAUGUACACUCGGCAAAUGUUUUGCACCGUGACCUCAAGCCGAGCAAUUUGUUUCUAAAUGCAAAUUGUGACCUUAAGAUUGCAGACUUUGGAUUGGCAAGAACAACAUCGGAGACGGAUUUCAUGACUGAGUAUGUUGUCACUCGUUGGUAUCGGGCACCCGAGUUGCUUCUUAACUGUUCAGAGUACACUGCAGCUAUUGAUGUUUGGUCUGUUGGUUGUAUACUUGGUGAAAUUGCAACUAGAGAACCUUUGUUCCCUGGCAGAGAUUAUGCUGAGCAGCUGAGGCUUAUAACAGAGCUCCUAGGUUCACCCAAUGACACCUGCCUUGGAUUUCUCCGAAGUGAUAAUGCACGAAGAUAUGUGAAACAGCUUCCCCGAUACCCAAAGCAACAAUUCUCAGCUAGAUUCCCAAAUAUGUCUCCUUUGGCCAUUGAUUUGCUUGAAAAAAUGCUCGUCUUUGAUCCCACCAAACGCAUUACAGUUGAUGAGGCUCUAUGUCACCCAUACUUGUCGUCUCUUCAUGAUAUCAAUGACGAACCCAUUUGCCCGAGUCCUUUUAGUUUUGAUUUUGAGCAACCCGCGUUCAACGAAGAGAAAAUUAAGGAUCUCAUUUGGAUGGAAUCACUGAAGUUCAAUCCCGAUCCUACCCAUUAGGAAGCUCUCAUGAUAACCGCUUGCUUGUGCUGUAGAAGUAUGUUGGAAACAGUACGAGUGUUGUUUGCCGACCUUCGGAAACUUGAACUCUCGACUCCUCUGCUAGGAAACAAAGCGAAACAGUCAGAGGCAUUCUCGGUCUCAAUAUCCCCUCUUGCAGUGAAAUUUAUACCGGUUGAGCCUGUUCAAUAAACCUCCAAGCUGACGAUAAAGCGAGUAAAAAGCGGCUGCAGAUCAUCUCCAUGAUUGACGGGGGGUUUAGGAGCUUGAAAUAGAUAUUCUAGAUGUUGUAGUGUUUGUUAAUUGGAAUCCAAGGAGCUAUUUUAUUGUAUUGUUUGGAUAUUAACAUAUUUUACAUAUAUUAGAAUGACGUGAUUACUGAAAAA